AUGACCACAGCAACAGCAACAGCAACAAUAGGCAACAGACAAUAUCAACAAAUCCAACGCAAGUCAAGCCAGAAACCAAAGCCCAGCGUUGAUCGGGUUCCAGGGGAUUCCGGUGCUGAGAUGGAGUUGCGGCUGCUGGAGACCGAGGGGACUGGUCGUCGUUUGGGUGCUGCGGCUGCUGGCGAUCGAGCGGCGGGUGCAGGCGGAGCUGCGGCUGGAGACCGAGCUUCGGCUGUUGGAGACCGAAUCGGCGGCUGGAGACCGAGCGGCGGCUGGCUGGAGACCGAGGGGGGGGGGGCUCUGGUGCCUCGCGGGGGGGGGGACGGGGGGGGGGGGGGGGGGGGGGGUGGGGGCGGAGGGGGGGGGAGCGGCUUUGGGACCGGAGGUCGGUGGCGGAGGGCAGUGGGGAGCGGCGACGGGGGAUGGCGCCGGAGACCGGAGGUCGGGUCGGGUCGGCGCCGAAGGUCGGCGAUGGCGACGGGGGCCGGGGACCGGGACGGUGGAGAGAGAGAGAGAGGGUAG